AUGCUGGUCCUUUGCGAGGCCGCGCGGGAGGCAAGGGCUUUUGUGGGUCCCACACCACACGUAUGGGGAUGGCCGUGUAUGGCACCAAUCAUAAGGAAACCUCGGCUGGGUCGUCAGCAGGUCUUGUCCGCUCGAUCGCCGGAGGAUGAGUCGCUGAGGAUAUUCAGAGUUCAGGAUCCCAAUGUUUGGAUAUCGGAUCUCAAGCCCAACCAAGAUGAUGUCUUGAACUUGCGGGAUCGAUUCCAAAGGGUCCGCAGGGCCGUGAAAGAGAUUUUGGACAUGCUCAACUUGAAGGGGCAGAAGACUGGGGAGGUCACGUCAGUUGAUUCCAAGGACGACAUGAGGCAGCUGAGCAGGCAUGCAAGGAGCCUCGAGCACCGUUGA